AUGGUUAAUAAAUUAGAAAUAUUGCCAAAUGAAAUCUUCUUACAUAUAUUUUCUUAUUUAUCAUGGGAUGAUAUAUUAAUAUCACUAUGGUCAAUAAAUGAACACAUUAAUUCUCUUAUUUGUUCGAUAUUUUCAAUAAACAAAUAUGGAAUUAUAUUUAAUAAACCAGGUUUAUCAUAUAAAAAAUGUUCAUCGAUAUUAUUUCCAUUAAUAUUUAAUUCAUCAUCUCUUUGUUCGAAUAUAAAAUCCAUGCAUUUCGAUGGAAUUUAUUCAAUUCCUUUUGAUUUUAUUUAUGAAAAAGUUUUUUAUCAUAAUGAUAAACAAAGAAUUUGUUUUCCUAAUCUUAAAUCGCUUUAUAUAACUAAAUGUUUAUUAUCUCAAUCAAUUCUUCAAAUCUUAUCAACAUUGAUCAACUAUCAGUUAGAUGAACUUCUAUUAACAUUUCAUGGAGAUAUUAAUGAAAUAUUUGAUCAUACCGGAGAUGUGGUAUCUAAUAUUUCUAUUGCAGAAGAUAAAGAAAGAAUGUUUCAACAACUUUUAUGUCAAAUAUUUUCUGAUCAAUGUCAAUUAACAUCUUUGAAACUUAAUAUUAAAGAAAUAAUUGAUAGUGUUGAUCAAUGUUUAAAAUCACAUCCUUCUCUUCCAUCAAAAACAGUUUCAGAUGGAUUACAAUCUUAUUGUAUAACUUUACGUCAUUUGGAUAUUCAUUUGAAUGAUGCAGAUUUUUUGGAAGAUAUUAUUGAACGUAUACCUAAUGUUGAACAAUUAUCAGUUGAUCUUAAACAAUUACAACGUUAUUGGAAUCCCACUGAUUCCGAGCUUCAAAGUUUAAUACUUCGAAAUGGAAAUUGGUUUAAUAAAGUACCAAAAUUGAAAUGUUUUACAUUGAAGAGUUGUGUUUAUAAUGAUCUUGAGUUUACUUAUUUAAAAUGGCUUCUUAAUAAUAUUAAUCAUGUUACAAAACUUGAUAUUCAUUUAUAUAAUGACGAUGUUUGGGGAAAAGAUCAAACAAUAUGGAAGUCUAUUAUUGAUGCAAAUUUUAUUCGUCAAUAUUGUUUACCUGAUGAAAUUAUUAAUCUUCGAGAUUUUCAGUUUUAUAUUUGUAUACGGUAUCAAUUGUUAAUAAGUGAUAUUGAAAAAAUAAAAAAUUCUUUUCAAAUUCAUCCUUUUUUUAUUGAUCAUCAAUGGACAAAUGUUGAAUGUUUUUAUCAGCAGAAAGGAUCAUAUCAACAUAUUUUUUCUUCUACUUUGAGAAAAUUACAAUUUUUUGAUUCUUUGAUGGAUUAUCCGAUUCUUGUAGAAUGGUUACCUGUUCAUAUUAAAAUUUAUUUGCGUCCAUCAAUUUAUUUAUUUUUUGAGCAAUUCAAUAAAUUAUGUUCUAAUGCUUCCUGUAUCACAUUUAUUUCAGGAUGCUCUCCUGAAUAUUUAGAAACAUUAAUGUCAUUGUCAACAUUAUUCCAAACCCAACAACUAAAUUUAAAUAAUAUUCAAUUUCGAAAUGUUACAAAACUUCGACUUGGAGAUAUGUAUAAUCGUCAUUUUAGUAUGUAUACAUUUUCUUGUUUACAAACUUGA